UCUAAGGAGACUAACAGAAAGAAAAGAAACGCCAGAGAUGGUUUUACCGUUCUUUUUUUAUCCUGAGGAGAAACUGUUUACCGAUAGAAAAGGAAUCGGUUAUCCAUGUUCGCCUUUUACCAGUAGGAUUAAUCGAGAUCUGCCCUGCCUUUGGAAAAAAACAUCCUCAUCCUAUUUCCCAUCCAUCCGUCUUCACAUCAGCGAUCUCGUCCCUGCACCCGGUGCUCACGCUGAAGGAAACCAUAACGGUUGGCUCAGUCUCGAGCGCAUGCACACACACACCUAGAAGCCUCGCCGUUAUCACGGCCAAGCGCAGUGUAACUAACUGACGUUAAUGUAAUCGUUAACGGAAGACAUCUGGGCUUUGUCUAAUCUAUGCUAUGUUUCCCGGGGAAAGGUGAAUGAAUCAUGGAAGGCGUGAAGAAGAACCGAGAGGCACCGGGUGAAUUAACUCCUCUGAUCCGGACAGAGCCGACGUUCAGUCGGCGUGGAUAAUGCGCAUUUUGCCGCAGGCUCUACUGUCAUCACUACAGUGUAACCAGAUCUCGACCGGCGACGGAUGGGUUGACUCCCGCCGCGCCGAGGAGGUGGUCCCAGCCUCGGGCCAGGGCCGCCGCUCCCGGGGUGGGUCCCCAUCCGGGGUGGGUCCCCAUCCCUGGUCCCGUUAACCGUAGGGCUAACGGGAGGGCGUGUGCCAGGGGGAAGAAGAGAGAGAAAAUGCAGACGGAGGUGCCAGUAGCCCUACCGGCGGAGACAGGAGAGGAGACCAUAGCGGACGGGGAAGGGAGAGAGGAGCAGCGUCCCCUCCAGCAAUCCCUGGCUUCCUCUCUGUGUCGUGAGUCUCACUGGAAGUGCUUCCUCUUGACUCUCCUCACGUAUGGCUGUUUGGCCAUGCUGGGUUGGUGUGCAGUCUGCCGUGUGCCUGUCCUUGGCUCCGGGGAGGAUGUCGUCGUCUUGGCUACGUCUGCCGCUGCCACUGCCGCUGCCUUCUCUGACUUGCCUCAACUACACCUCAGCCCAUGUUCCAGUGGUUAUGUGUAUAUCCCGCUAGCCUUCCUAGCUAUGCUGUACGUGGUGUAUCUGGUGGAAUGCUGGUACUGUUACUCCAAGACCGCCAUUUUGGCUCACGCAGAGACGGCAGAGGUGUAUGAGCGCGUCACACGGCUCCAGCAGGCUACCCCCUGUAUCUGGUGGAAGGCCAUCAGUUAUCACUACGUCAGACGGACCAGACAGGUGACCAGGUAUCGCAACGGAGACGCUUAUACCACUACACAGGUGUACCAUGAGAGGGUUAACACCCAUGCCUCCAGCUGUGAGUUUGACUACGGUCGCCACGGGGUUAAAGAUAUCUCCAAAGAGCUCCAGGGACUCCAGGAGCACCCGGCUGUCAGGCUACGCUUCACCAAGUGUUUCAGUUUCGCCAGCGCCCGUGCAGAGGCGGCAUACCUCACCCAGCGAGCACGCUUCUUCGGAGACAACGAGGGUCUGGACGAUUACAUGGAAGCGCGGGAGGGGAUGCACCUAAAGAACGUUGAUUUCCGGGAGCAUAUCCUAGCCUUCCCGGACCCGACCCGGCAACCGUGGUAUUCCCGACCCCGGGUCUUCUGGCUAGCCUCAGCGUUCCUCCUCUCCUGGCCGCUCCGGGUCGUGUCUGAGUACCGCACGGCGUACGUACACUACCACGUGGAGAAGCUCUUCGGAGAGGAGACGAUCCGUGAGGACGGAGGAGGGGAUGGAGUGACGGAGAACGGAGGAACGACGGGAGGAGAGAGGAGUGUCAACGGAGGGUCGAGCUACAGAGCCAUAUCGCGGGUGAACACCGUGGACAUGACGGAGCUGGAGUGGCAUAUUCGCUGUAAUCAGCAAAUGGUUCCUUCAUAUUCCGAAGCUCUUCUCAUGGACUUGGAGAGAGAGAGUAAUGGAGGAGGAACUAACACCACCACCUCCUCCACACCCGGAGCUCCAGGCUCAGACCCCAUCCAGGGGGGCAUCCCAGCCGGUAUGGCCCACCCAGUGGCCUUCUCCACGGCUUACCUCCUCCAGAGCUGCCCCCGGUGCCGGAGAACCACCUCCAGCUCCAGCCUACCGUCCAGGCUAAGGGCCCCGACGGGGAAUCAAGCUCUGCUGAAUGGCACCGUGGCUGGGAUGAGGGCGAACGGCGUAGGGAGUGUAUGGGGGGAGGACUGGGAGGAGGACGGGGGGAAGAUGGGGGAGGAGGAGGGUUUCUGGGGAUAG